AUGGAAUUGGGUGAGAGUGCAAAGAGUUUCAACUUGGAGACUGUUGUCUGCAACCAUGGCUUUUUCAUGAUGGCUCCAAAUUACUGGAUUCCCACAACAAAAACCCUUAUGCGUGUCUUACGACUCUCAGACUCCAUCACCUGUGUAAUUGUCUCUAUUUCACACCCUUCGAAUCGAAACUUUCUUCAAGUUGAAGUUCAUGGAAUGGAUCAACUCUCUUCUCUAGACAAAGAUGCUAUUCUGUCUCAAGUGGGAAGGAUGCUACGAAUAUCUGCCCAAGAUGAACGUGAUAUGGAAGAAUUUCACAAAGUUAAUCCACAAGCGAAGAAUAAAUGUUUUGGCCGACUUUUCCGUUCCCCAACUUUGUUCGAAGAUGUCAUCAAGUCAAUUCUCCUUUGUAAUUGUCCAUGGAUAAGGUCAUUGCAAAUGGCUCAGGCACUUUGUGAUCUUCAAUUGAAAUUGUCUUCUAAAGGUUCUGUCAGGAAAGAAUCGAAGAGAAAGCGAGCCAGUUUUGAUGACAAAAAACACUGUCCAAAUUCCAUAGCUUUUGACAGAAAUACUCAAAUUCCAUCAGGAAACUUUCCAAGUCCAAAAGAACUUUCCUCUGUGAAUGAGAAGACAUUAAAUCAACACUGUAAUUUGGGAUACAGGGCUUCUCAUAUUCUACGACUAGCCCAAAAGAUCGAAAAUGGAACAAUAAAACUAAGGGCUUUCGAAGAGGGUUAUGAUUUGCUGUCGACUGAUAAAUUGUACUACAAACUACUGAAGAUAAAAGGGUUUGGUCCCUUUGCUUGUGCAAAUAUUAUGAUGUGCAUUGGAUUCUACCAAAAGAUUCCUGUUGAUACAGAAACUAUCAAACAUUUGAAAGAGGUACAUGGGAUGAAAUUGCUAACCAAAAGAGAGACCAAUGUACAAAUUUAUGACAAGAUGGAGCGCGUUGACUACUAUGAAAAAAGGUUUGGAAAGCUAAGUGAGUUGCCACCCUCGAAUUAUGGAAACGUCACUGGAAGCUAUAUUGAAACUCAUGAUUCUGAACGAAGAAUUAAAGAAUAA